AUGCGAGAAGCAACAUAUCCAGCCGAUAUUGGCUUUUUUCCUCCUGGUUCUUACCAUUUCUUUCAGAACCAACUCUCCGAGAGCAUGCGAGAAGCUGAUGAACGUUACGAAUCUUUGCGCAUCAAAAGCAAAUGGAAGAGCUUUAGUGAGAAAGCUAGAGUCCAAGCCGAGACUGAUCUAACUCGUGCUAUGACCGAGCUCAAUGAUUUGCAGUCACUGCGCACAGAAAGUAAGCAUAGACGGAAGUUGGCAGUGAAUCAGCUACGUGACCAGGCUAAUCGGUUGCAGCAGUACUGUGAAGAAAAUGAGCUUUUGACCGCUAAAGUCUCAAAGCUUACUCUUAAGCUUAAGAAAGCGAUAAAAGCUUGCGAAGCCGACGUAGAUAGGACUAACAACCUGCUGAAGAAAGUUGCAAGUUUCGAUAUGACGAUAGUCGAGCUGAAUGAGGCGAAUGAGGAGUCAAACAAAAUUCGCGCAAGUCUAGCAUCUAACCUAAGAAAAACAGAAGAUGAGCUUGCUGAAUUGCUCGAAUCUCAAGAGGACUAUAAGCUGGCUGUGGAGAAAUCCGAAAAGGUCUCUGAAAAUCUUUUUUUGUGA